AGAAAUCCUUUUCUGUCAAUGAAGAUAUAUUACAAUGGAGAGUCUGGAGCUUUUCUUAGAGGAAACCACCCCUACUCCUAAUCCCCCGCCUACAGAAGAAGAGAAAACAGAAACUAACCAGGAGGUUGCUAACCCAGAACAUUAUAUUAAACAUCCUUUACAGAACAGAUGGGCACUCUGGUUUUUUAAAAAUGAUAAAAGCAAAACUUGGCAAGCAAACCUUCGGCUGAUCUCUGAGUUUGAUACUGUUGAAGACUUUUGGGCUCUGUACAACCAUAUCCAGUUGUCUAGUAAUUUAAUGCCUGGCUGUGACUACUCACUCUUCAAGGAUGGUAUUAAACCUAUGUGGGAAGAUGAGAAAAACAAACGAGGAGGAAGAUGGCUAAUUACAUUAAACAAACAGCAGAGACGAAGUGACCUCGAUCGCUUUUGGCUAGAGACACUGCUGUGCCUUAUUGGAGAAUCUUUUGAUGACUACAGCGAUGAUGUAUGUGGAGCUGUUGUUAAUGUUAGAGCUAAAGGUGAUAAGAUAGCAAUAUGGACUACUGAAUGUGAAAACAGAGACGCUGUUACACAUAUAGGGAGGGUAUACAAGGAAAGGUUAGGACUUCCUCCAAAGAUAGUGAUUGGUUAUCAGUCCCAUGCAGACACAGCUACUAAGAGCGGCUCCACCACUAAAAAUAGGUUUGUUGUUUAAGAAGACACCUUCUGAAUAUUCUCAUAGGAGACUGCGUCAAGCAAUCGAGAUUUGGGAGCUGAACCAAAGCCUCUUCAAAAGCAGAGUGGACUGCAUUUAAAUUUGAUUUCCAUCUAAAUGUUGCAAAGAUAUAAGAGAAGUCUCAUUCGCCUUUGUCUUGUACUUCUGUGUUCAUUUUCUUCUCUUUUUCUUUUCUUUUUUUUUUUUCUUUUUUUUUUUUGCUAGAGUGUCCACUUACCCAAUCAAAGAAUUACAGUACCAGAAUCCAUAAAUGUGCUUUCUGGCCCACUCUGUAAUAGCUUAGAAGAAUUACAAUUACAAACACAUUUUACCCAUCCACAAUGUUAAAAAAAGAACUUGCAUUUCUUUACCUUACAGGAAAAGAAUUCUGUUUAUGUCCCAUUGUAUGCGGGAGCAUAUUUUGCUGGUUUGAAAGAGUAUGAUGCAUACAGUUUUCUAGCAAUUUUCUUUGUUUCUUUUUACAGCAUUGUCUUUGCUGUACUCUUGCUGAUGGCUGCUAGAUUUUAAUUUAUUUGUUCCCCUACUUGAUGACAUUAGUGAUUCUGAUUUCACUUUUUCAUUUGUUUUGCUUUUGUUCUCAUGUAAUAUUGGUGAAGGAUCCAGGAAUAUGACACAAAGGUGGAAUAAACAUUAAUUUUGGGCAUUCUUUGGUAAUUUUUUGUUUUUUUGUAACUACAAAGCUUUGCUACAAAUUUAUACAUUUCAUUCAAAUCAGUGAUCGAUGUUUGUGUGAUUUCCUAAACAUAAUUGUGGGUUAUAAAAAAUGUAACAUCAUAAUUACAUUCCUAAUUAGAAUUAGUAUGUCUGUUUUUGUAUCUUUAUGCUGUAUUUUAACACUUUGUAUUACUUAGGUUAUUUUGCUUUGGUUAAAAAAUGGCUCAAGUAGAAAAGCGGUCCCAUUCAUAUUAAGACAGUGUACAAAACUGUAAAUAAAAUGUGUACAGUGAAUUGUCUUUUAGACAACUAGAUUUGUCCUUUUUAUUUCUCCAUCUCUAUAGAAGGAAUUUGUACUUCUUAUUGCAAGCCAGUCUCUGUUGUGUCUUCUCUUGUAGUAUCUUUCACGUGAACAGCAUAAGUUUGGAGCACUAGUUUGGUUAUUAUGUUUAUUACAAUUUUUAAUAAAUUGAAUAGGUAGCAUUAUAUAUAUGGAAUUAAAUCGAUGUGGCUGUUUUUGUGUUUUUAUAAAGUAAGGCACAGUCACUCAGUCUUAGGUAAAUCAUGUACUCUUAAUACGUUAUAACUCUUGAGAAUUGUGAUCUUGGUGCAUCACCAUUUGGUUGGUAGGAAUAAUAGUUGUAAAACUUGGUUGCUGAAUUGAGAUGUUCUUUUUUAAGUGUCAAAAUGGUAGCAUAGAGAAGGAGUACAGGUGGUGGGGGCAUAUGCAUUAAGAAUUUUGUUAGUGUUGUUGAAAUAGAAUGGAAUAAGACAUUGGUAAAUUGGUGUAGUGUGGUUUUAAUGUAAACUUGAAAACUUAAUCUCUUUGUAGGCAUCAUUUGAAAACAUGUUGCUUAUAAUAUAUAAUUAAUAGAUUUCAGAUUCUGUGAAAUUAAAUAUGGCUAUCGUAGACAAAAGUAUAAGCUAAACUAUAGGUAGAAUUAAGAUAAUCAGUUGAGAAGAAAAUUUGUUUUUAAUUGAAAAUGAA